GCUACGGCCAGUGUAUGUCAUCCAGCACAGUGCCGAGCCUCAUCGUUGUCUCUCCUUGCUCCAUGUUAAGUUGAGUUUUGUGGGGUCUGCCUCUCCCAGCUGUUUUCAUGUCACUUAUGACUUCUGAACCCUGAGAGACAUUAACUUAACGGAAAUUAACUGUGGCUUUGUUUAGUGUCAUAAUUGUGGAAGUCUGCUUUUUGUGUGGAUUUUGUCAUCGUUCAUUUGAGAUAUACUAAUUGGUCUGGCAUUGUAGAAGGAAGCACCUGCUUUUUUUUUGUGCUGAAAAUGGCUUCUUUUCAGCUGGAUUUUCUUCCAGAGAUGAUGGUGGACCAUUGCAGUUUGAAUUCUAGUCCAGUAACCAAGAAAAUGAAUGGGUCUCUGGACCACCCAGACCAGCCCGACAUUGAUGCUAUAAAGAUGUUUGUGGGUCAGAUCCCCCGGAUGUGGUCAGAGGAUCAGCUACGUGAGCUGUUUGAGCCCUAUGGUUCAGUCUAUGAAAUCAAUGUUCUUCGGGACAGGAGUCAGAACCCCCCACAGAGUAAAGGUUGUUGUUUUGUCACAUAUUACACCCGUAAAUCUGCGUUAGAAGCACAAAAUGCCCUUCACAACAUGAAGAUUCUUCCGGGGAUGCAUCAUCCCAUUCAAAUGAAGCCUGCAGACAGUGAGAAGAACAAUGCCAUAGAAGACAGAAAACUGUUCAUUGGAAUGAUUUCAAAGAAGUGCAAUGAGAAUGACAUCAGGCUCAUGUUUUCUCCUUAUGGUCAAAUUGAGGAGUGCCGCAUACUCCGAGGCCCUGACGGACUAAGCCGUGGCUGUGCCUUCGUCACAUUCACUGCUAGACAGAUGGCCCAAUCUGCCAUCAAAUCCAUGCACCAGUCACAGACAAUGGAGGGCUGCUCUUCUCCCAUCGUAGUGAAGUUUGCAGACACGCAGAAGGAUAAAGAACAGAAACGUACUGCUCAGCAGCUGCUGCAACAGAUGCAACAGCUCAAUGCUGCCUCCAUGUGGGGAAACCUUACAGGACUGAACUCACUGGGGCCACAGUACCUUGCACUUUAUUUGCAGCUUCUACAACAGUCUGCAUCCUCUGGAAAUGCGCUCAACAAUCUCCAUCCGAUGUCAGGUCUGAAUGCCAUUCAGAAUCUGGCUGCAUUAGCAGCAGCAGCGAGUGCUACGCAGGCAACACCCACAGGUAGCAAUGCUCUGACCACCUCCAGCUCCCCCCUCAGCGUCCUCACCAGCUCAGGUACGCCAUCCGGACAGCACGCUCAAUCUGCCUGGGACGCCUACAAGGCAGGCUCUUCUCCCACCUCCAGUAAUAGUUCAUCUGUAAACCCUAUGGCAUCUUUAGGUGCUCUUCAGUCUCUUGCUGCGGGUGCUGGAGCAGGUCUCAACAUGAGCUCCCUAGCAAGCAUGGCUGCUCUGAAUGGUGGUCUGGGUGGUGGGGGUCUCUCUAAUGGCUCUGGAAGUACCAUGGAGGCUCUUACUCAGGCAGCCUAUUCUGGCAUCCAGCAAUAUGCAGCUGCCGCUCUGCCCAGCCUCUACAGCCAGAGUUUACUGUCCCAGCAGAAUGUUAGUGCAGCCGGGAGCCAGAAGGAAGCAAGUCACAAUCAGAGCAUGGGCCCAGAGGGAGCAAAUUUGUUCAUCUACCACCUACCACAGGAGUUUGGUGAUCAGGAUCUGUUACAGAUGUUUAUGCCUUUUGGUAAUGUUAUCUCUGCCAAGGUCUUCAUCGACAAACAGACCAACCUUAGCAAGUGUUUUGGCUUUGUAAGUUAUGACAAUCCAGUUUCGUCCCAGGCGGCUAUUCAGUCAAUGAACGGUUUUCAGAUUGGAAUGAAGCGGCUGAAAGUGCAACUUAAACGAUCCAAAAAUGACAGCAAGCCAUACUGAGUGAUUUUACUCUCAAAUGGACUUGGUUUGAAAAUGUUUUUCUGGUAAGUGGAGUGUGACGUUGCAAAAUUAGUAUGCCCCCACCCCUCCUAAUCCUCCUUUCACUUCUCCUGCCUUUCCUACUUCUUCUCUCCCUCUUAACCUUAAAAAGAAAGACAACAUGCAAUUUGUUAACAUUAUGAAUUUGUUCCAAGGAGAAAAUGGGUUCUUUUUCCCCAGAUUUAUAUAUGAUUGUUUUUUGUUUUUCUUUAUUUAACCUAAAAUCUUUUCUUUCUUUUUUUGUGCCAUAUUACAAGUUUGCUGUGUAUAAAUCUUGCGUCAAAGGAUGUUACAUAAUGAAAGCCAGCCCGUUAGACUGCUUUCAGUCCUUUAGACUGUUGAUCACCACGGUCAGGCCCCUGUAGAUGUUCUUCUGUGUUUACACUAGACUCUUGUAGUACAUUUGGACAGUAUAAUGCUGAUGCCUCCGACAAAGCUGCCUUUUUAGAAAACGAAGGAGGUCUGCUGCAUUUGGUGCAAAAGGUAAUCAAUCACCUGAAUAUUGUUUUAAGCAUCUGGAAGUUCAAGCUUCACUCCACUAGACUGUUUUCAUGGAUGCCUUUUUUAUUUAUUUAAUUAAUUUAUUUCACUAAUUUAUUUAUUUAUUUUUAAUGUAUCUGUGUCUUCACAAUGAGGGUAAUGUAACAUUUCUUUAAAGUUGAAUGUUCUGCUGGAAUGCCUGCAAACAACAGUAAUCAUGAUGAUGCAUUAUGUUUGAAUUUAUUCUUAUUUCACAUUUUAAAAACACUAAACACAUUUAUUAUAUCAUAUGUUGAUUUUGAGAUGGUGGUUAAACAUUCAGUAUUGGUAGGUCACUCUAGAUGCUACACUUACACUCAGGACAUUUUCACCAUUCUGUCAGACCAAACCUUUUGUCCACUCUUGCCCAUUAUUCUACUCUUUUAGAUUCACCUGGUACAUUAUCUGAUGAAUAUUGAGAAGAGAUGGAGUGCAUUUUUCAUUUAAAUUUUUUUCUUAAAGCCUCAAACUAAAUCAACCUUUUUGACCCAAUAUUUGUAACCUUUGAAAAUGCGUUUCCGGCAAUUGAUUAUGAAUGACACAUUAGCACAUAUGGUUUUAAACUAGCAUUUCGAAAGUUUUUUUGAGCCAUCCUCAAAACACACAAUCAUUAGAUGGCUUUUAUUUUGGUGGGCAUGUGAUAUUAUCCUACGCCUCAAUUCAAGAGGUCGGUGUUGAAGCUUUUUAACAAUAUUUGCAUCCUUUGAAAAAAGCGAGCGAUUGAGUGAAUUUUGAAAAGAUAUAGCCAAGAACAGAAAUGCUUAAUUCAUGGCCACUUCAUUGUCAGAAUUAUUUCCUAACAUUUUAAUGAGUGUUCUCAGUGUUGAAGUAAUUUCUUGUGCCCUCAUAGCUGGUGUAUUGAGACUAGCCCUGCAAUCCUUAGGUGUUCAAUCCAGUUAAAAUACAGUGCAUUUAUGAGUUAUUCCAUGCAGUUUAAAUUAGUUGAUGGCAGUAAAUAAGUGUUAAUCAAAUGUUAAUGCCAAUCGGAGUCCUGCAGGUUCAUGAGGUGAGAAGAUUGUUUUUAUGGAUAUCGAGAAAACAACAUUAUCCAGAUAGUGUUUAUUACUUAACUAUUAUGCCUUUUCUAUUUUUAUAGAGGUUUUAUAAUAUUGCCUAAAUGAUUUCUCUGAAUUAAAAAAAAAAAAACUCAAAA